UUUAUGUGGUGUCAGUGGCUCUAAUAACAGACAGAACAGUGAAUGGUCUGAAGAGAACGGGAGAGGAGAGGAGAGGAGGUGAUGGACAGUGAAGGAGAUGCGGGAGAUUGUUCGUUGGAGGAGUUUCCCUCCAGCCCAGCCCCAGCGGAGGCCGAACAUGUGGAUUCGGAUGGCUUGUCCGUCCUGGAGCAGCUGGGACUGGACCAGAACUCCGAUUUCUCAGACUCCAGCGUGCAGCAGCGGUUGGACGAGCAGCGAAAGAGGAUCCGGAGAGAGAUCCGGAAGGAGCUGAAGAUAAAAGCAGGUGCGGAAAACCUGCGGCGGGCCACCACUGACAAACGCAACGCCCAGCAGGUGGAGAGCCAGUUACGCAGCUCCAGCCGCAAGCUGGACUCGCUCCACACUCAGCUGCAGGAGCUGGACGCCCACAUCGUGGUCAAGGGUCACGAUGACAACAAAGAUGACCUUCAGCCUCUCGGGAUGCCGGGUCACUCCUCAGCCAAUCAGGACAGGAUUAAGGCUCUGGAGCGACAGCUCAACAUCGAACUGAAGGUCAAACAGGGGGCAGAGAACAUGAUCCCCAUCUACGCCAACAGGGUUACAAAGGUAAUGAACGUCUAUGUAUCUAUCUAA